UUGUUUUCCCGUGGUGCACUUUGACAGGGCAGGUCCAAUUGAGCCAAGAUGGCGGACUUUGAGGAACAGCUUUCCGACGAGGAGAAGGUCCGCAUUGCUGCAAAUUUUGUCAUCCAUGCUCCCCCUGGAGAGUUCAAUGAAGUCUUCAAUGAUGUACGGCUACUGCUCAAUAAUGACAAUCUGCUCAGGGAAGGGGCGGCUCAUGCUUUUGCCCAGUACAACAUGGCCCAGUUCACACCUGCUAAACUUGAUGGAGUGAAGAUCAGGGUUUUGAUCACAGAGCAUGGAGAUCUUGGCCACGGACGAUUCUUUGACCCUCGUAAGAAACAGUCGUUCAAGUUUGACCAUCUGAGGAAAGAGGCGAGUGACCUACAGUCUUAUGAGGGUGAGGCAGCCCUCAGGCCGUGGAGGGAUGCUUGUGACGAGGCUCUAAGGGCGUAUGUCAAAGACCAUUACCCCACUGGAGUCUGCACUGUUUAUGGGAAAACCAUUGAUGGACAGCAAACCAUCAUUGCCUGCAUCGAGGGUCAUCAGUUUCAGCCCAAAAAUUUCUGGAACGGGCGCUGCCGAUCGGAAUGGAAGUUCUCCAUUUCUCAGCCCACUGCUCAGGUGGUGGGAGUGCUGAAGAUCCAGGUUCAUUAUUAUGAGGAUGGCAACGUGCAGCUGGUCAGCCACAAGGAAGUGCAAGAGUCUCUGAUCAUCAGCAAUGAGGUACAGACUGCCAAGGAAUUUGUCAGAAUCAUUGAAAAUGCUGAGAAUGAAUAUCAGACGGCCAUAAGUGAGAACUACCAGACCAUGUCUGACACCACCUUCAAGGCCUUACGUCGGCAGCUUCCGGUCACCCGUACCAAGAUCGACUGGAACAAGAUCCUCAGCUACAAGAUCGGCAAAGAGAUGCAAAACGCUUAGACACACGGCAUGCCUCCGCUCCUGCUCGCGUUACAAGCCAAGAGACAAGCUCAACGAGGGGCCCAUAUCUAAACCUGAACCUAUACCUGAAUCUAGGGAGGGCCAAGGCGAGAAGGUCCUUCGAGAAGUGUGCUAAACAUGUGUCUGUCUUUUUUUUUUUUUUCAUUUCUUUGUUUUCCAGAAGCCACGGUUUGACCUCAGCUGAAGAGACUGCCUCCUUUUCUGUAUUGUAGGAGGGCUGCAAGCUUGUUUUAAUGGGUUUAGCAAAAGUUUUUGCUGUUGAACAAAUACCUCCCAUGACACCAGUGUACAGCGUCACAAAUACUCCCCUCCCCCCUACCAAUAUCACUUACGCCGCCCACUAGAUCUGCGCUCCCAAUGCUUGACACACACUGAACGUUUUGCACUUAGCCCAUAUGAUCAAGCUUUUUUUAGAAAGUCGACACUCCAAAGUUUUGCUUCAUGUUUAGUCAUUAGGAAUCAUGUAACCAUACGUAGCCCUGGCUGGUUGUGAAGAAUAUCUUUACAACAGUUACGCAUCACAUAAUAAUUGGUCUUUUUUUUAAAGCAUUGUUGUAAGGUGCCAUCAUUUGAAUGUGCUGUCAGUUGAUCACAGAGAGGGUUGUGCCAAAGUGAGCAUUGUAUUUGUACAGUAAGUCGUUUCAGGUUACUGUUCUGUGUGGAAAUGGUCCCAUCAUCGUACUCUGGUGUCUAAGAAUGGUAUAUAUACUGUAUGCAGUUAUGCGAAAUAUUUGUUACCCCUCACUUCAGCCUCCUACCCUAGCUUUUAUUGCUAACUAUUUUUUACAAAAUGUAAGAACAAAUAUGAUCCCAGAGGAAUAAAUGAUUUGCACCAAACCGA